UUUAAGGAGAAAAUGGCGUCGGCUCUAGGUAGGAGAAUUGUACAAAAUGAAGAUCUUUCUAAUGUUGAAUUCGAAACAAGUGAAGAUGUUGAAGUUAUUUCAGCAUUUGACAAUAUGGGACUACGAGAAGAUCUUUUAAGGGGGAUUUAUGCUUAUGGAUUUGAGAGGCCUUCAGCAAUUCAGCAGAGAUCAAUUAAACCAGUUAUUAAAGGAAGAGAUGUUAUUGCCCAGGCUCAGUCUGGAACUGGAAAAACAGCUACUUUCUCCAUUGGUGUUCUUCAGACCAUAGAUACCCAGUUGCGUGAAACACAAGCUUUAAUAUUGUCUCCUACACGAGAAUUGGCUGUCCAGAUACAAAAGGUAAUCCUAGCUCUUGGAGACUAUAUGAAUGUACAGUGCCAUGCAUGUAUCGGAGGAACAAAUUUGGGUGAAGAUAUAAGAAAGUUAGAUUAUGGACAACAUGUGAUAUCUGGCACACCAGGCAGAGUGUUUGACAUGAUUCGUCGAAGAAACUUGAGAACGAGAGCUAUCAAAAUGCUGGUUCUGGAUGAAGCUGAUGAAAUGUUAAAUAAAGGUUUUAAGGAGCAGAUUUAUGAUGUCUAUCGUUAUUUACCACCUUGUACUCAAGUUCUCUUAAUUUCUGCCACUCUACCACAUGAAAUAUUGGAGAUGACUAACAAGUUUAUGACAGAUCCUAUUCGUAUAUUGGUAAAACGUGAUGAAUUGACAUUGGAAGGAAUUAAACAAUUCUUUGUGGCUGUGGAACGUGAAGAGUGGAAAUUUGACACACUGUGUGACCUUUAUGACACCCUCACUAUAACACAGGCUGUUAUUUUCUGUAACACAAAAAGGAAGGUAGACUGGCUGACAGAGAAAAUGCGUGAAGCUAACUUCACAGUAUCAUCGAUGCAUGGUGACAUGCCUCAAAGGGAAAGAGAUACUAUAAUGAAAGAGUUUCGUUCUGGACAGAGCCGAGUAUUGAUCACAACAGAUGUAUGGGCUCGAGGAAUUGAUGUGCAGCAGGUGUCACUUGUUAUUAACUAUGAUCUACCAAAUAACAGAGAGUUAUAUAUCCACAGGAUUGGUCGUUCUGGACGUUUUGGAAGGAAGGGUGUGGCAAUUAACUUUGUAAAAAAUGAUGACAUCAGGAUUCUUCGAGAUAUUGAACAGUACUACAGUACACAGGUGGAUGAAAUGCCCAUGAAUGUGGCAGAUCUCAUCUGAGAAACCAGUGAUUGCAACAUUUUCUACACAGUAGUUGCUAUGGUUACGAGUGAUGUGACCAAAUCGCAUCUUUUAUUCAACUAAAAUAUUUUAAUAUUUGUACAGUAUUUCUUAUGAUAGUGAAUCAUAAACCUUGUCAAAAUAUUAUUGCCUCUUUUUUUUUGUCUUAUAUACAGAAGUACUGAUUAACAUUAUAUUUGUUUUCAAACACACAAAAGCAGUAUAAAAUGUUCUACUUUGUAA